AGCAAUGUGGUAUAACUUAAAUACAUAAAAAUCUUUAUACAUAUAAAUUUACAUGUGUAAACUUUAUGCACGUAAAGUAAAAAAGUUGCCUAUUUUGAAAGUGUUCGCGCGGAGAGAGGGGGCGCGCACGCUCGUCAAAUAGCCUUUUCGCUUUCUCCCGGCCAAGUCAACCUCCGCUCCCAACUUCCCAAGCUGCCCCCAUGGCGUCCGCCGCCUCUUCGUCCUCCGUCGUCACCCUCAACGUCGGCGGCGAGCUCUUCCAGACCACCGCCGCCACGCUAUCCCGCGCGGGGGCCUCCUCCCAGCUCGCCUCGCUCGGCCCGACCCCGGCCUCCGCGCCGCACUUCCUCGACCGCGACCCGCGCCUCUUCGCGCCCCUCCUCUCCUUCCUCCGCCGCGGCCGCCUCGCGUCGGCGUCGGCGUCGGCGUCGGCGUCGGAUCCUCCCUCCGCGGCGCUCCUCGCCGAGGCGCGCCACUUCGGGGUGGAGGCCGCGCUCCUCGCCUCGCUCGCCCCCGCUUCCGCCUUCUCCCCGCUGGCCCUGCGACCCUCGGCGCUACUCCCGCUCACCGGUCGCGUGGCCCCCUCGGCGGUGGCCGUGUCGCCCUCCCCCUACUCGGCCUCUGUCUUCGCCGCGCACGGCGGGGUCGUCACCCGGUUCGAUGCCGCGCUCGCCUCGCGCGGCAGCGUGCUCACGCCGCUCCCCGCCGUUGACUCCCUCGUCGCGGUGUCCCCCGCACUCGCCCUCGCCGGCGCACGAGACUUCGCCGGGGUACACCUCUGCCGGUUCCCAGACGAAGCCCCCGCCACGGCUAGGGAGGUGCUUUCCUGGCCGGGAUCGCCCUCCGCCCCCGUGCUGUCGAUGGCGACCACUGCCGCCACCGAAGCGUCGUCCCCAUGGCUCUUCACCAGCUUCGAGUCGGCACGGCGAAACUCAAGUGCUGUGGUAGCGUUCGACCUGAAUUCCCUCUCCCCUGUGGCAGAAAUUGGGCGGAAGGAGGUGUACGGUGCAGACGUGGAGGCGGCGAUCCCGGCAUCCAGGCUCAGCUGGCUUGGCGGCCACAAUCUCCUGCUCGCAGCCGGGUCGCACUCUGGGCCGGCAGGAGUUGUGGGGGACAUUUGCCUCUGGGAUGUCCGGGCGAGCACAAGUGUGCCUGUGUGGGAGUUAAGGGAGAAGGAAGACUGCUUCGCGGACAUCGCCGCAUCAGACACACUCUCAUCGUUGUUCAAGGUGGGGGCAGCAUCUGGUGAAGUGUUCAUGUCUGACUUGAGAAUGAUCAGUGGUGGUGCCAUCGGCAUUGAGCCGUGGGUGUGCAUUGGAGAUGGGCAGAGGGCAGCGGCUGCAGCAUCAGCAGGCAGAAAGGAGGGGAAUGGUUGCAGGAUCGAGUGCUACCUCAAUUGGGUGUUUGUGGCACGUGGUGGAGAGGUUGAGGUUUGGACACAGGUGGAACUGGCCCAAGAGGCUGGUGGGAAGAAGUUGAUGAGGAGGAAUUGGGUGGGAAAUGGGCCAUCUGUUGUGAUGGCAGGCGGAGGUGGUGGUGAGAGUGUGAAGGAGAAGGCCAAGAUUGUGAGCUGGGGCUUCGGAGGAAGCAGGAUGGCAUUGGCGAGGGAUGAUAAGCGGUCCAUUGAGGUGUGGGAUAGUGCACCGGCAGCAAUACGUAUCAACCCGUGAAUAGAGGAAGAAGACUCACAAUUUUUCUUUUUCUUGGAAUUUGGUUCAGGAUUUGCAUGUUAGGCAUGACAGAGAAGUGAACUAUGGCCAUCUUUGAUGCCAUAAAGAAAAUUUUGGAAGGGAAUGCUUCACCAUCUUUGAUGAUGGUGCUGUGCAUCUCAGCUAUUAUUCUUGUCCUGACCUAAACAACAAUAAGCCAGAGGAUGACAAGCCACAUGCAAAUGAGGACAAUAGUGAGACUAAAAGCGUAGCUGCUAAAAGGAACAUGCCCGCAAAGAUUGAACUUACUGAUGGAUGGAAUUCUCUGGAAGCAUCAUUAGAUCUGGCACUUUUGGAGCAAAGAAAGCUUUUUAUAGGACAGAAGCUUCGGGUACUACAGCCUGCGAACUGCCAGGCAAAAAUGAAGUUGCUAAGAAGGUUGAAAAUGCUCUUAAAUUUGCUGGGCUGAGUUCAAGAGAUGUUACACCAUUUUUGAAAGUCAAGGUGAUGGGUCUUAUCAGUAAACAAUCUGCCACAAAAUCCAGCCAAAGAGAAGGGUUAAUAACAAUUUGGAACCCUACCGAGAAGCAAAAAUCCGAUUUGGUGGAGGGACAGAUUUAUUCUGUCACAGGAUUGGGGCCUUAAAACUAUUUUACAGAAGUAGUCUACUUGCAUGCUAGAGGAUCAUCUACAACAUGGAAACCUUUAGCAUCCACACGGACUACAAAAUUUUGAACCAUUUUUCACCCCUCGUAAAGCAGUUGAAUUGUCACAUUUUGGUGAAAUACCACUUGCAAGUGAAUUUGACAUUGCAGGUCUUAUUUUAUAUGUUGGGAAUGUUUAUUUAUUAAACGACCAAAAUAGGCAGUGGCUCUUUUUGACAGAUGUAUCUAAAUUUAUCUCUGGAGAAGAGUCUGAAGAGCAAGAUGACUGUCUUCUUGCUGUUAACUUUUCUUCCCCAACCACUGGCGAGGACUCUGCAUUCUUCAAUUCUGCCGUUUCUGGACAUAUAGUUGGUUUUAGCAAUCUGGUUAAGCGACAGAAAGACCAGACGAGGCACAUGUGGGUAGCUGAGGCGACAGAGAGCUCCACCUAUACUCUAUCCCACGAGAUGCCUAAAAAAUCACAUCUCAAAGAGGCUGCAAAUUCUGCUGAAAAAUGGGCUUCAAGUUCUCAUCCUGUUCUUGACAUUACAGAGAUACUGUUCUGAUUAUCCUAUCUUCUUUUUCUAAGACGGACAAUCUUAUUAUCACUUCCUGUGGAUCUUUUGCAGAUGAUUCAGCAUCUGAAGGAAAGAGUUUUGCAAAUAGUUGGUGAUAGUGGUGGCUGAAGUAUUCUGAAUGCCGCUACCAUUAGAAUCACUGACUGGACCAGGAUGAAGCCUAUGGCGGUGGGAUCCUCGUUGCCUCCUUGGUAUUAUUAUCCUUAUCAUUGUCGCAAUAUAACUAACAAACAUGAUAAAUGCUGUGUGGCAUAUGAAUGACGGAUACAUGAAGUGUCCUCCAGUAGAUAGCAUCGACCAAGGUGGCCGUUUCGCAGGCUGUAGUGCAGGACGUGAUUGAUACGUGGUGGACAGUUAACCGGAUUUGGCCACGAGAUUUCCUCAAUUGACAAGGAAACGGUUGAAACCCACACCAUGGAGCUGCUAUGCUGUCCUCCCAAAUCCUGUUUCACACGCCAUCUGGUUGUUCACCUUUCAUCAUGAGUCCAUGAGCGAGCUUGUAAUUAUCUGGUUGAUUUGUUUUUGCAGCCAUUUUGUUCGCGUUUAGUGAAAAGGAUCAUUCUAUGGGCUGUAAAUAAGCUAAUAAUACUCGCGUCUGAGAUGAACAGCUUAGAUACGGUCAUCUGGAUGUAUAUCUCCCAAGCUAAUGUGCUAUAGGAGUAACAUGUUCACGUCGUUUACAAUUCUAUUCCAUGUGAAA